ACCUCCCCCUUUUCCUCCAUCCCAACGCCCCACCUGCCUCAGCAAGCUUGGGGAACUGUGGGGAAUCGAGGGUUUUACGAGGGGGUGGGAGCCAAAAGAGGCGAGAUAUGGCGAUCCAAAAGACAAUUUAAGGACAAUAACUGCCGUUUUUUAAGGAACAAUUUGGGAAAUGUAAAAAUUCAUGGAUAAUUUUCGCAGAAAUUAUCCUAACCUUACCUAACUGUCCACCUAACCUAACCUAACCUUGCCAAAAAAAUAGAAAAUGUAAAAUUUCAUGGAUAAUUUUGGGUGAAAUUAUCCUAACCUUACCUAACCGUCCACCUAACCUAACCUAACCUUGCCCCCAAAAAAUGGAAAAUGUAAAAAUUCAUGGAUAAUUUUGGAUGAAAUUAGCCUAACUUAACAUAACCUGUUAGCCAACACCCCCCUAAACUAUCUUAACCAAACCUAACCAUCCACCUAACUUAACCUUACCAUGAACACUAACCCAGCCUAACCAAAAUGCAGACACUAAAUAAAAAUACCAAAAACCAAAUCAUUGUGAACUUCAAUUCUGAAGGCACCGGAAUAUUAAUUUAAUUACUAUGCCCUUACAAAAGCCAUCCCCACAUUGAAAAUACAGACAUGUUGUAUAGCAAGUACUAUAUCACCUUACAUGAUUGUUUCAAUGAUUAGGAAGGAGGUGGCAUUCUUUACUUUUUCCAUAUAUAUACCAUAUAUAUAUAUAUAUAUAUAUAUAUAUAUAUAUAUAUAUAUAUAUAUAUAUAUAUAUAUAUAUAUAUACAUAUAUAUUAUGUGGCAUAUAACCAAGCAGUCCAAAUCAAGGUUGUCAAUAUCUCGUCAUAUGAUAUUUUGGUUUAAACCACUUUUCAUAUACUGUUAAAUUUUUCAUUGUCUCCUUCCCAAUGCACAGUAAACUGGAAUAGCAGUUGUAAUAUUUUGGAAGUAACAUUUCCUUGAAAUGCUGUUUACUAUUUUUCAUUAGUUAAUUUGUAGAAUAUUCAUUAUACAGAUGUGGCACACAUAGAUAACACUGGUUUACAAAAAAGAUUAUUUUUUUUGCUUUGAGGCAAGGAUGUGAAUAGUUGUUUUUUGCUUAUUUUGAUGUGGUGAAUUCAAAUUUCUGAACAAUUUUGAGCUAUCACCUCUAGUUUUUUUCACAUAUCUUUUUUCAGUUAUACCGUAUAUAAAUUCAAAAUAUAAAGUGUUUAUUACAUCUGUUACAAAGACAUAUUACAAAAAAAAACAACAUAGACACAGAACAUUGAUGAAACUAAAUGAUUUGUAAAACACAAUACACACAAAUCAUAGUACAGUAGACAGUUAGAAGUGAGUUAUUUUGUAUCAUCAUGCAGGAGCAUCCAGCAGAAGUCCUCCAUCAUGAUGGGUUUCCACUAGCCUUGGUAGUUGCUCUCCAUCUUAGUAAUAUCUUGGUGGAACCUUUCUUCAUGCCCAUCACUCACUGCCCCGAGGUUCUGAGGGAAGAAGUCGAGGAAAAAGAAUGAGUCAGAAGGAGAGUGUGAGCGUGAGCCUAGGAGAGGCUGGACCAGGACCUCAGUUGUCCAAGAAAGUGGUCAGGUUCUUCAGCUUGCCAGUUUCUGAAUUUCCUGUCCCCCUGCAGCUAACUUUGUUGACAUCUUUUGUGUUCAUCUUCUACCUCAUGUAUGGAUAUGUUCUGGAACUGAUCUUCACCCUAGAUGGGAUGCAGCCAUAUGGGUGGUACCUGACGCUGGUGCAGUUUGCUUACUACACUCUCUUUGCUCUCAUUCAGUUACUGUUGUCUGGUGAGGGUAUCUCCAGAAAAAUACCUUUGAGGACCUAUGCUGCUAUUGCCUUCCUCACUGUCGGCACCAUGGGAUUCUCCAACUCAUCUGUAGGAUACCUUAACUAUCCUACUCAAGUAAUAUUCAAGUCCUGCAAAUUGAUACCAGUGAUGAUUGGGUCAGUUCUCAUACUUGGGAAGCGUUACUCAUUUGCUGAAGUUUUAGCUUGCAUCUGUAUGAGUAUGGGACUGAUUUGGUUUACUCUGGCAGACUCCACAGUACAGCCAACAUUUUCUAUCACAGGUGUAUUGCUUGUCAGUUUGGCUCUUCUUUGCGAUGCAAUCAUUGGUAAUGUGCAGGAGGGAGCCAUCAAAAAGUACAGUGAAGAAGCAACUCUUGUAGUCUUCUACUCCUACAGCAUUGGUUUCUUCAUCAUCCUUGCUGCCCUUGUGAUGACAAAUCAACUGUUGUCUGCAGUGUCAUUUGCAGCACAGUUUCCCUGGGAGGUGUAUGGGCGUGGAAUGAUGUUGUCGGCUGCAGGAUUCUGCGGUGUGCAGGUGGUCCUCACUCUGGUCACGCUUCAUGGUGCCCUUCUUGCCGUCACUGUCACCACCUGUCGCAAGGCAAUCACUAUAUGUCUCUCUUUCAUCUUCUUCAGCAAACCAUUCACUAUACAGUACAUCUGGGGUGGUUUACUUGUCAUUGCUGGAGUAUAUCUCAAUAUAUAUGGAAAGAAAAACAAAGGCACAACUUUUCUAGUGUCACUGCAGCAGUUAUACAUGGCAGUACAGAGAAGCCUGGGGCCAAAGGUGAGCACUAUAAGGGAGGGUGAUGCCUCAAUGUUUAAUGUGUGACACAAACUACUGCCAAGAGAUGCCAUGUAGUGUGGAUGUGAAAGUAGAAGAACUUCUUGUGCAGUGACUACAGUUCCAUAAUGAUUGAAGGACUUUUUAAUUAUUUUUAAGUGUUGAGAUUUUCAGAGAUUUAAGAUAUGAUGUGUGUAUGAUUCAAGUGAUUUUAUAUUUAUGUGUGAAUGACUUCACAGUGAUAUUUAGUUUGUAUAUAUGGCAAGAAGGUGAUUUUGUUGUGUAUUAGAAUGAGAAAUUUAGUUACCAUAUUUUCAGUAUUAUGGUAGGGUUUCAUGUACAGUACAUACUUAUCCAAAUAUAUCAGUCAAUUUCUUUUAAAUACUCUUCCAAGAGGAUGACAAUGACAUAGAAAUCUUCAUUUAUUCUUGUCAUUGUAUCUCUCUCUCUCUCUCUCUCUCUCUCUCUCUCUCUCUCUCUCUCUCUCUCUCUCUCUCUCUCUCUCUCUCUCUCUCUCUCUCUCUCUCUCUCUCUCUCUCUCUCUCUUUCUCUUUCUCUUUCUCUUAGUUAUUCCAAUUGUCUUCCUCCUCAUUUCACUUGAGAUCAUCCUCUUUUACCCACUGCAUGUGUCAUUCUCAAAUUUACAUUCAUAGUUAUGCAACCCUGCCAUUUUUCUGGGGACCAUACUUAUUUAUGGUGCUGUACCCAAGAAGCUCAAACACACCAGAUUUCACUUUUCACCAUGACAUGUACCAGUUAUACACUGUUGUUACUUUCACAAUCCAUUCUUUACUCAACAUUCUCUCUCUCUCUCUCUCUCUCUCUCUCUCUCUCUCUCUCUCUCUCUCUCUCUCUCUCUCUCUCUCUCUCUCUCUCCUUUAGGGUUUUACAGUAUAAUAAUCCAUAUUGGAUGAGCGAUGGGCACUUGUGGAGAAAGUCUACAUAAAAUGUGAAUAUUAUUAGGGAUUAGUUUCAUAAGCUUUCUGUGGCUUCAGUAUGGUCAUAAAAGGAUUAUUCAUUCUAUGGUGCUAUAAAAUGGAUUCUUAAUGAACUGUAGUACCUGUUGAGUAGUAUUGCAAAUGAGAAAGUCCAAGGUAGAACUAUUUCAAGAAGUUAGAUAAGCUGAUUAAAUUUUCAUGCAUAUCAUUUAAACUGUAUACUGUUUCACUUACUCUCACUCUGUAAUUUGGCCAUUUGAGGACAGGCAAACAUGCUGAGACUGUCAUUGCAUGUUGCUAUUACAUGUUGGGAGUCCUGUGUUCUCAUGUCCUCUUAAAACAAGUGGCAAAAUAAUGUUUUUUUUCAAAAUCUGUAUUUGCUUGUAAGCUCCCAGAUUGUACAUGGUUAAUCAUGUUAAUGUGUCCUCAGAUAUUAAAAUUAUUGAACCACUUCUCAGUAAGAUGAUUGAUUUUUUUUUUAUUAAUGUAUACAUAUUUAUGUUAUAAACUUAAAGAAGUACA